AAUCUCUGUUUAAAAAAAACCACAAACUACAGUAACAAGAAUCUCUGUAUUCUCCACCAUGAAUCUUCUCAAACUUGAUCACCAACACAACAACUAUUACCAUAUCAAAUUCUCUUCAAUUUCAGGAAAUUCAUCGACCCAUUCAUCUUUCUCAGCUCCCCACUUUCUCUUUUUCACUACCCACAAACCAAAAUUCUUGCCUUUAACACUUCGUUAUAACAAUUUUAAGCUAAAAAAUGUAAGAGCUUCAGCUAUAAAAAUCCAAUCUUUGAGUGAUAAAGAAGAGGAAAAUUUAAAAGAUUCAGAAGAGUAUGAGUACUUAGCAGCAGAUGGGGUUGUUUAUAAAAAGACUUUGAGAUUAGUAGAGGGUGCUAUGUUUGCUGCUGUUUCUGGAUUGGCUUAUCUCUUGAGCAAUUCUCUUGCUAUUGAGAAUUACUUCGGCUGUUUCUUCGCGUUGCCAAUUGUUAUAUCCUCGAUGAGAUGGGGUGUUGCAGCGGGCAGGAAAACCAUGGUUGCAACUGUUGUGCUCUUAUUUGUCUUGUCUGGUCCAGUGAAAGCAUUAAAUUAUAUGUUAAUGCAUGGUUUACUUGGCUUCACAAUGGGUUCCUUAUGGAGGUUGAGAACAAAUUGGGGUGCCUCAAUCUUCUUGUGCUCUAUUGCUCGGGCUAUAGGUGCUCUUGGAUAUGUUAUAUUAUCCUCAUUUUUAAUAGGAGAAAACAUCCUUGCUCUGAUCACCGUAAAUAUUCAUGCUUCUCUCUCGUACAUUCUCACAUCCUUAGGCAGCCAGAUAGUUCCAUCUAUGAAUUUUAUCUACACCUUAUUCGGGACUCUGCUUUUGAUAAAUUGUACGUUCUUCGUGUUCUUGCUGCAUCUUCUCUAUGCCAUUUUUCUAACCAAAUUUGGGAUGAAAUCUACAUUGAACCUGCCAAGGUGGUUAGCUGCAGCAAUUUAAACAGGUAAAAAAGAGAAGUCAUUCUAGAUGGGACUUUGCUCUAAUACUACACCACAGUGAUGGUUAAUACAAGAUUAUUUUGAUCAUUAUUGAUACAAGAUUGUCGGAAUGGAUUAUCAACCAAGUUCAUUUUUUGUUCAAAGCAAUACAAAGUCAUUAAUUGCUCAGUUGCAAAUGUAUUUAUAAGACAUCUUGGCCAGUAUAUAAGGUGUUCCAAACUUGAGUCUGAAUCUUGAAAACAUCCAUUGGCUCUU